GUGUUGUUAGUGAAACAUGUUCAACUUUAAGCUGCCUCUAAUAAAACAGAAAGGAAAAGAAGAUCCCCUGUACUGCUACAGGAGUGUCAAGACUAAACCACCAAAGACGCCAACACUGUCUCGUGUUAAACGACACCAAAGACGUCGAUCAGAGCCCGGUAUAGUCCCAUCAAUCGUGGGCUUCACAAAAGACUCAGUAGCUCAUGAGUCAGAUCGCCUGGCACCAGGAGAUAGGAUCUGCAGUGUCAACGGUAUCUCAACAGCGAGGCUUACAAAUGAUGAGGUACUCAGGUUACUCGACAAUGUCGAAGAACGAGCGUCUUUGGAAGUGGAAUACUAUAUGCCUAAUUAUGCAUCACAAAACUCUCUCUACAUUACGACAAAGUUAGCAGAAGUACCAGUAGAGAAAAUUAAUGGUUCAUUAGGCAUUACGAUCAGAGGUGGACUUCCGGAGAACUCCGCUCCAAGUGCUGACCUGGUGUUAAACAGCAGAUCUUUGGAUGCUCAGCCUCUGGUAGUGACGCACGUGAGACCUGGUGGUGCCGCUUAUAAUACUUCUAGAAUAAAACCUGGUGAUAGAUUGUUGAAAGUAGAUCAUAUAUCCCUGACAAACAAGACUCUAUCUGAAGUCCACCAAAUCCUACAAAAUUGUCCUCAAGUGACAAGCCUUACCAUAGAAUACGACGUUUCGAUAAUGGAAUCAGUCAAGUUGGCAACUGGUCCUCUUCUAAUAGAGAUAGAAAGGCCAUGCAACGAAGAUCUUGGCUUGUUCUUAACCAAUCAUCGGUAUACCGAUGACGUGUACAGUUCUGGAUCGGACACUUACCAGAGAGUUGGGAACUGUAAUGCGAUUUUUAUUGAUAGCAUAUUACCAGCUAGUAUUAGUGACAGAUGUGGUGCGCUACACCCUGGAGAUCAGCUCUUGGCCUUCGAUGACCAUGUGAUCGAGGGCAACAACUACACAGCGGAGGAAGUAAUGUGUUACUUGGAAAACUCGGAACCUGGUUUUACGAGGCUCCAUGUUGCACCGAGGCAUGUUAUUACUCAUUCUGGGAGAUAUACCAGAGAAAACUCGAUAUCGGGAACAUCGACAUUAAACGCGAAGAAACACCGGAACAGGAACUACAGACAAAGUUCAAUGCCCAAACUUGGCUUACAAGACGAUUACGAAAGUGCACAAAAUUAUGCAAGUAUGGGAGUGUGCAGAACGGAAUCGUUGAAUAUACAACUGGAAGUGCCUCCAGGACAGAGCAGUGGUCUAGCUGUCCACGAAGAAAACGGUUUACUGGUGAUAUCUCACGUGGCGACACAGUCGCCAGCCUACAGAUCCGGCUGCCUACAAAUAAGAGACAGGGUAAUGUCCAUCAACGGCCACGAAAAUUUAACACUGGAUGUGGCUAACGAGAUACUGCAGAGGAGAAAUGAUUCACACAAUCCCAAAUAUUUGACUUUGAACGUGGAAUUCAGUAUGCCGAAUACGAUUGAAGCUUCGAGUGGCGUCUUCAGCGUCAAGUUGGCGAAGACUUCUGCUGGAUUAGGAGUUACUAUAACGGGAUGCAAGCAAAAGCUACUCAGCAACGAAGAACCGAUGGUGAUAUCGGAUAUAAAGCCUGGAUCAGUGGCACAUCGGAGCGGGGCCCUCGCCCCUGGAGACCAGCUCUUGGCAAUUAACGGUCAACCUUUACAUAACUUGUCAUUGGAUACAGCUUUUAACAUUCUCCAAAAUUCACCCGAUGAUAUAAUAACAUUAAAAAUAAGAAAACGUGACGUAACUGAAGACUGGCACACCAUUCACAAACACAAUCCAAAAAUGACUUUACAAAGCUUUAGUAACAUUGAAAUUAAGGCUGUAGUACACAGUGGGGAAGAUUCUGGACAUCACACUGAAAGUCCUAACAAUAGCGCUAAGGAAAGUGAAAGAAGCCAUGGUAGUAACGAAAACAACGCGGUGUUUACUAUCGAACUGAUUAGACAUGAAAAUGGACCACUUGGAUUGACGAUAGCUGGAAGUGAAGAUGCUACUCAGCCUAUUUUACUAAGCGGACUCGUAGAGGGUGGACUAGCAGAGAAAUGUGGUAAACUACAAAUUGGAGACGAGUUACUAAAUAUUAACGGAGAAAGUGUUCUUACAAAACCUUUAUCUGAAGCAAUAAAAUUAUUACAGCAAAGUGGACAGCGAGUUCAAUUGCAGUUUUGUAGGAAGGUUACAGGAUCUCUUGAAAGUGCUGAAUGCAGUGCUAGAGAUUCCAGCCACUCGACAUCCAGCCCAGGCUUAUCCAAUGAUAGCGCUGUAGAGUCAUGGGAUCAAAAUACACCCGUUAGAACCAGCGCAAACUGUGUUUACGUUAUAGGUAAUUCUGAGGUUAUAGAAUACGCCGUCCCAGACAAAACCAGAAUGAUGGACAAACAACCGUAUUCACCGACAGAUGAAGACAAGCUCAUGGCUUGCAACUUCAAUACUGCACCCUCUUACGGCGUUAAUGAUCUACCACUACCUAAUUAUUCAUUAAACAAUUCACUUAAGACUUUCCAUUACGAAAACACAUGUAUCAUUCCUGAUAAUACUUUGAAGAACAAGCAGAAUAUAACAAGAGAAGAUGAUGUUCAACAAAUCGAAAUUUUGACCUCAAAUAUGAAAGACUGUCACAUUCACAAUAUGGAGAAAUCUUUGUGUAAAUGUGACUACGUGCAAAUGGGGCCGUACGGAAUCGUAUCUCCAAAGAGCAGACGGCCAAACUGGGAUAACGAUUUUUUGAACAAUGGGAUUUAUACAAUGACAACACCACAGAAGAGCCCGUUGAAACCAAAUAUACCCGGAACGAGUUUCCAAUUUUCGUCAAGUCCAAUUUAUGAAAAUGACGGCCUAUACGGUAGUGAAUCGGUCUCAUCACCAGCUCGAGGCUCCGUGCAUCACGUGAUCCUUUAUAAGGAUGCUAUCUAUGAUGACUAUGGGUUUUCAGUAUCAGACGGCUUGUAUGAACGAGGAGUAUAUAUCAACAGGAUAAGGAAGGGCGGUCCAGCUGAUAUUGUUGGGUUGUUAAGACCUUACGAUCGGAUACUGCAGGUCAAUGGUACGCGGACGGUAGACUACGACUGCUGUCUAACUGUACCACUGAUAGCGGCUGCAGGUGAUAGGCUGGAAAUCGUCGUACAAAGAAUGGUUACCUCACGGGAGCUGAAAAUCCGACUAGACGACAGCUCUAGCCCGAGUGACAGCAGUGUCGUGACAAAGACCAUUUAGUGUACGACCAGACUUUAAACUCAAAAUACUUUUGAAGUGUUAGUUAAAAUACUUUAUUAAAGUUUGAAAGAGUGAAGUGAAAUAACGCUUUCCUAGUAAAAUAGUAUUGUGAUAAGUGACAAACCGGUAAUAAAUAUCCGAUUGAAACUGUAAGAAAUAGUGUUUAGAAAUGAAUACUUACUUUAAUUAAUAAAGAAAUGACAUUAGUAAAUAUAGUAAUAAUGUUGUAUCAAUAAAGUUUAGGGCUCUCUGAAAAUCAGCGUGACAGCCUAAUGUCGACUAUGGCAUUAAUUGAGUGAUUCCUUUUGCAUACGUCACAUUCUCACACAUGACAGUAUUUAAAAUUGUUUUAUUUGAAAUUUUAAAUGUUUGAUUUGUUGUUCCUUUUAUUGUAAUUGGUUUUAGUUUUUUUUAUUCUUUCUUUCUGUUUAUAUUUUGUGUGAUGUUGCAAUAAAUGUUCUUUUUUAUUAUAUUCUCUUUUAAGACGAAAUUUGAUUGUCAUCACUACUCAUUUUAUUAUAAAGAAACUGCCAACUGCAUUUUAAAAUAUAAUUUCUCCAGUUUGUACAGUGUAACACAGACAGGAAGUGAAAGACGAACAUUUUAUUAUUAUAAUUUUGGGCAUAAGUAAUUGCCCUCUUGCUGUAAAUUACCAAAAUACGGUUCUACUGACUUCACCUGUAUUUAACCCUUAAUAUUCCCUCUACAUUUGAUUAGCUAAUUAAGUACUGUUGAAAAAGCACAAAAAUUAUUAACCAGAAACAGUGCAUCUCAUUAUAUAACAGCACCAAUUCCAGCUCGGCAAGAAAGCUAAUUGUUUCUAAUCUUGAUAUACAUAUAUACACUUCCUUCUACCUGCUCAAGCUCACCUACCCAAUCACCUGCCGAUUGGUUGUUCUACAAAGUUAAUAAACAAAUCGGGUAGUUAUGCGACUCACCACCGACCAGAAAGUUGAUCACUAUUGAAGGAAGAGUCUAUUAUGAAAUGUUCUUUAGAAUCCGAAACUAAAACUAUCUAGUUAAAUGGUGGUUCAAGUGUAUAUGUUGACCUAAAUUCUGUGACCCUGUUUAAUUACUUUCCCAAGGGCACAGACCCUAUUAUAAAUUAAUAAUAGACUCUUCACUUUGAUCUUAACUGGCAUUUCCGGGUAUACUAUAAUUUUCUCAUUGGUGAAAGGUUUAAAAUUAAGCCGUACUACACUAGCGUUAUGUAUUUUAGUAAGCACAGAUUUCAAUGAUACAUAUGCAACUAUCAAUAUGUUGUUUAAUGGUUUAAUAAAUUUUAUUCAAUUUAUUUACUCCAAUAUUUAGUUCCAAAAUCACAAAGUCUCUUUCAUAUUCUGGCCUUUCGUUACUGUUACGAUAAGUGUAGAGCAAACUACUUAACUGAUCAUUUUUCAUUUUCAACAGCUUUUAAAUUAAUUAUUUACAAUAAUACAUAUAGUAGUAUGCAAGUCUGCAAAGAAUAUUUCGAUGCUACCUAAGUCACACAUUUGACUUGAUAAGAUUAUAUUUCCUACCACCAUUCUUUCUCUAUAAAACUAAAAUAAAAUAUAGGAAGAUGACUUAAGCAAACUUGAGGCGCUGGAAAGAAAUUACUUUAACCACGGAAACUGUGUUUUAUUGAUAAUACAGAGUAUAGCCGUGUAAAAAGUAGGAAAGUAAACUAUAUUUGUUUGGGUGAGUACCAAUACACAUUCUUCCAACUUACGGCUAGGUUCAGAUCGAUGUACAUCUGCCGCACAUCAACUCGCGUUGGAAGUUCUUGAAGUGACAAGUUGUAGCUCUAAGGGCGGCUUCCCUCGGUCCAUUUCUCCACGGGUCGCGCCGCGCGAGCUCGCGCCAGCGCGCCGUGGGAAGAGGGCCUCCCGAACGCGUUAAGCACGUAGGCCCGAGGCCGCCCGGAUGUUUUGCCUUUGAAAAACGGGCAGUGGGAAGCCUAAAGCGGCUUCACGUCCUAUCGCGACGAAAACGUGCGGUUACUUGAACUGAACAGGUUCACUAUCAGUGCCUAUUAUAAUUCACGGCACGGUGACGCCCGUUCGCUAGCGGUGUUAACGUGUAUACCGCGCGUAGGUACAUAUGAACGAACGUAUGGAAAAUGUAUGAAUAUUUAGAUGCGCAAGAUGAAAACAUGCGUUCAAUUUUUGUCAUCUGAACAUAGCCUAAAGUAAAGCAAUGACAUGUUACUACUGUAACGUACUAGCCUAAAAAUAGCAAAUCCACUAGAUAUAUUCUCAUGUACCUAAAUACAUACAUUUAUUUUAAUGACGAAGCGUCCAAAUAAACCCAUUCUGAAAAUUAUACAGGUUGUUACAAAAUUUGUACGUUCAUUCUAAAUAUAAUUUAUAGCCAAAAUUAAAUAGUAUAUAAUUGCAAUUUUACAUUCUGUUAGAGGUAUAUCCGUUAUUAUAACCAAAGAAACUAUGAAAUUGUUUAU